AUGAAAUCAAAGGAUAAUUAUAAGAUAUUAGGUCUAACAGUAUUUUUAGCAGCUACUAGUUAUUACUAUUUACAAAAAAGAAAGAAUAGACCCUUAUGUUAAAAGAUAGCAGAUAAAUUUCAAAGUUCAUAUGAUAAAAUUGAAUCAUACUUUUAUGGUAAAGGUAUAGAAGAAGUAAUACUCAUAAUUUAUUGAAGUUGAAUAGAUCUCUUUUAAAUAAUUAAGAAUAUAUGCAGAUUCUACAAUAAGCAGAAAAUGAUUUCUUUGAUUUAUAGAUAGUAUAUGAAGAAAUAUCUAAAGUGGAUUUUAUUAGAGAAUUAUCAAUCAUAAAUAAAUAAAAUAAUUAAUUAUUAGAAAUAAGACUAGUUGCUUAAUAUGUUGAAAAGUAAUGAAAUGAUAAAGUAUAUAGAAAUUCACUACGAUUAGUUUAAUAAUAAAUUAUUGAAAAGUUAGCAUCAUAGAGAAUGACAAUAAUGCAACCUAAUAUUUAAUUUGGAGAUUCUACUAUUCAAUUUUUAAUGUUUGUUUAAUGUGCUUUUCUAAGAUUGAUAUAUGAAGUAGAAAAUGUAUUAAAAAUAAAAAAUAAUAAUCAUUAAAUAAUUAGACAUAAUUUUAUUUUGAAAUGUAUCUUAGAUUACUUAAAUAAAAAAUUGACUGAUUAUCCAAAUCUAAAAAAUCUAGUAGCAAUAGUAAUGCUUGAGAAAAUAGGAUCCAAUUAAUUUUGUUUUGAAUUUUAUCAUGAUUGCAAAGAUCUCUAUUAUACAAAAACCAUAGAAGAUUGUUAAUGUCUUUAAAGUUGUGAUUGUUGUAUUUUUGAUUUACUAACUAGAUAUAUUUCAAUAUUUUAAUUAUCUGUUUAAAAAUAAUUGUUUGAAUUUAUCAAAUGUAAUUAAUUAUUUUAGACUCAUGAACAUAUAUUGUAAAUGGGGAAAAUAUUAUUGAAAAAUAUAUUCUAUUUAGGAGGAUAGUUAAAUCAAAACUAACUUUGUUAUUAUGACACAUUUUCACCAUUACAUAAUUUAUUAAUAGAAGCAACCUCUAAUAAAAGUAUAUAAGAAGAAAUAUUGAAAUCGGAGGAGUUUAGAGUUAGUAUUUAAUACAUUGAAAAAGUUAUAAAGUCUAAUGAAAAUUCUUUUUUAAAUAACUUUUUAGAUAGUUUAAUUGAUUUAUAUGCAAUUAUAUAUCCAUUGUUUUAUAAUUAAAAUGCUUUGAAAUCAGUUAUCAAUGAUGAUGUAAAAAUAAAAUCGAUUUUAAGUACAUUUUUUGGAGUGUUACUUAACUUAGAGACUAGAGAUACAUAUACUUCUAAUAAAUGUAUUAAUUAAAAUAUAUAAAAUUAGAAAAUGAUAUUAGUAUUUUGGAUUGGUUUGCUAUGAAUAUGGGUACUAUAUUUACUUAAUAAUUAUUGGGGAAUAUUUCAGUUGAAUUUAUUCUAUAAUUACUCAAACUUAAAGAGAUUUAAAAAGAAAUAAUAGAUACUUAUAUUUAUUGCUUAAGAACCUCUUAAAAUAAAAGAAUUUAAGAUAAAUAAGAAUAAAAGAAAAAUAUUGAUGUCAAUUCUUUCAUCUCUAAAUUAAUAAGUUUAGUUGUAAUUUCAUUAUUAAAAGAAGAUUUUACUAAUUAAAAUAUGGAUUCAAUUAUAGAUAAAUUAGAAUUUGUUGAUGAGGAUGAAAGAUCAAAUAUAUUCUUAAAUAUAAUGAGAAUUCAAUUUGAAAUCCCUUCAAUGAAUUUGAAUUAUCUUAGAUACGUCUCUCAGAAAUGCCUAUAAUUAUCUGAAGAAACCUUCCAAUCCUUUAAUGGAUACUUCACCAAUCUUUUGAAUCCAACUACUCUAUCUUAUGAUCAAUAUAUGAUUUCUAUGCAAUUAGGAAUCAUUUAUGGAAAAGUUGACUCCUUUUUUGGAUCCGUCGGAUAAAGUUUUCAGAGAGAUCUCUAACAAUAUGAAUAAUACAAGGACUUCUUAUAAAGAGAUGUAAUUUAUUUAUUUUUAAUUCAUUAGCUAAUUCUUAUUGUAGAUUUAAUGGAGAAUCCUUACUACUUUGCUAAUGUAUUAGUUCAUAAUGGAAAUUGUCCUGAAGAUAUUUAUCAACAUUUAAUAAAAAAAGCUGCAAUUUCUAUUUGGUAAUUGAAUCCUAAAAUCAAUUUUUCACAAUUACAAUAUCAAAUUUCUUUAUUUUUAUGUCUAGAAAAUUUACCUAAUUAUAUUCAAGAAAUGUUUAUUGAAAAUUAGAACAAAAUUAUUAGAUUAAAAGAAUAAUAUGAGUAAUUAUGGCCAUUUUAAUGUUUAUAAAGAGAUUUAUCAUCAGUUGACAUUUAUUUGAAAUUAGUUGGGGAUGAAGUCGUAUUCAAUGAAGUACAUAAUUCCUUUGAUUUAUUAGUUAUUGUAAGAUUAGGCUAGUUUUGAAUUCUUAUCCAGAAUAUAAGAAGUCUUAUUUAAAAGCCCUAAUUUUAUAUAAAUAAUUUAUCAAUUACUAUUGUGUGUCAAUAGAUUGAAUUUAAAAAUUUGGAUUGGCAAAAUAUUGUUUUAUGCUAAAAAGUUAAGAUUAAACAAUAAAGAGUGUGAUACCUUAUUAAAAUCUAAAGAGUGUUAAUCCUUUAUAUAAGAAAUGCCAGAUAAUUAUAGGAAAUAUAUGUUAUUACAAAAUUGA